AUGGCCGUCGACGUGCCGCCACCGUCCGAGGCCGCCGGAUAUCCAGCGGACAAGCCCGUCCGGAGGGAGUCGCCGGUGCAUCACCGCCGACACCUCCCAUCGAGCGCUGCUGCCUUCCCCGUCGGCGCGUUCGCCACGACCCUCACCACUCUAUCCCUCAGCCUGAUGGAGUUCCGCGGCGUCACCAUCACCAACGUCUACGUCGCCAACUUCUUCUUCGUCGCCGCCCUCGGCCUCGUCAUCUCCGCCCAGUGGGAGCUCUCCGCCGGAAACGGCUUCGCGUACACCGUGUACAGCGCGUUCGUGUGGACAAUAUUUGUCUUUACGUUUCUCGUCGCCUCCGUCACCUCGAAUCUUGUCAAUAUUUUGAUAUACCUGUUCGUCGAUUUGGGAUUCCUCUUCAUCGCCGCGAGCUACUUCGCCAAGGCCGACGGGCACGCCAGCGCAGCGACCGGGCUACAGGUGACUGGUGGUGCAAGCUGUUUUAUCGCUGGCCUUUUAGGAUGGUACCUCACGUUUCACCUGCUGCUAAAAGACGAGCUUGUAGAGUUGCCACUUGGAGAUACCAGCAAAUACUUUUCCAAGAGGCGGGCACGCAGGACAUGA